CUUCGACAAGAAGAAUUAGGAAAGCCAAGCUACGACAUACAAUAGCAUUAGCAACCGCAUUCAACCUCGGCCGCCAAAUAAUCCAUCGAAGUGGUAGAUGCAAUAGUCAUCUUGGGUUGCAGUUUGCCCUCAAUUUCAUCUUCGCAACAUUGAGUGAGGCGCAUGACGUUAUCGUCGCUGUGAAGAACUCAAGCAUUUUCUGACUAUGCUCGAACAAGAAUCAUUAUCAUCGCUUCACACGACUCAUAUUAUUUACACCCAAGAACAAAAUGGAGGAUGACGACCAUAUCGAUGUGGAAGAUCCCGAGCACCAAAAAUCUCCUGAACCUCAUCCAAGAGCAGGACUAAUCACGCCGAGGACCAACCACCACCUCGAACGCCGCAUUACCUCCGGUGCGUCGGUAGCUACUAUCGCCGCGGAAUCCGUCGCAAACGCAACCGGCUACGUCGUUUACCACCUUCUCCUUCGGGUUUUUUGCACAAGAUAUGAUUUCCCCUACCCGGUUUUUCUCACCGUCGUCGACCAAACGUUUGUCGUUUUCCUGGCGGUGAUUCUAGUCGCGUUGUUUUGGUCGCCGUCAAAUAACCCGAAUGGCGUUACAGCUGUAGAGGAUGAUGAAGGCGGGAAAGACGAGCAGUCAGGGCGUGAUGCAGAGAACCACAGUACGGAAGAUGAACACGACGCGCAGGAUCUUCAUCCUAGCGCUGCUGGUGAACAAGACCGUAGCAAGACCAAGAGAGCGUCGGGGGCCGCUCGGGACGAGCAGCACAAGGACGAGGAAGAAUUAGACUACGACUUCUACAAAGAGAUUCUGCCCCUCGGCUUCCUGAACAUCGGGUCCGGGGCGACGCACAACGGAGCUUUGAAAUUCCUCGUCCCCUCUCUCCACUCCAUGAUCCAAAUGACCGAUAUGCACGGUUGUAAAAGCAUCGACGCACUACAUAGCAGAAAUCGCAUUUGCAAUCUUUUGUGAUGCUAGAACUGGACCAGCCGCAGGUAGAAAAUCUGAUUUGUAUAUGCAGUGUCGCGAUUAGUUUUAAUACGAGUGCGAUACUGUUUUUCACAGGAUAACAAAGGUGAUCCCGCAGUUACUCCUCGCGGAAUUCUACCAAGGGAAAGUUCUCGCAAAAACCGCUCCAAUCGCGGCUCUCUCUCUCACCGUCGGCGGCUGUCUGUUCGGGUACGGGGCGGAAGAAAUGUCCUUCACUGCGGUCGGGCUAGCAUUAUCCGUUUUCGCGGUGAUAUUCGCGGUUUCCGUCCGGCUUUUCACCGAAGAAGCAAUGGUCCGGAAGGAGGAACAAGCGGACCUGAAAACGACUUUUCUCCUUGUCCGGCUGUUGAGUCCGUUGAACGUGAUCGGCUUGUUGGUUUUGUCACUGCUGUUCGAGGGGACCGCACCUUUCGAGGAGUUUGGGACGAAGGUUUUGCGCGGCGGUGGACAUAGGAACGAGGGUGUUGGCGGUGGGGAUAAUAGUGCAGCUGGAACGACUUCCACUUCCACAUCUGGAGAAGUUGCACUACUACAACAAACUCAAAGUGGCUCGGCGAUCAUGCAAAUUCAAUUUACCUCCGCCUCGGAUGAGCCCUUACAGGACAUAAUCGGCGAAAAAUUUGCGCAGCUUCCGGUUUUCACCGCUUUCUUGAUCAAAAUUGUCACAACCACAAUGUUAUGCAUUGCAAAAGUAUCGUACUGGUAGAAAUCGCAUGACAAAUUUACUCAGCAUGAGAAAUGGAGUUUGUCAUGCCGGUUUGCCUUGGGAAUGGGAUCGAGAUUUGUAAUGCAUGGCUGCGAUUACUACGAGUGCGAUACUUUUGCACAGCAUAAAUGUGGUUUCUAACCGACACGAUGCUGAUCCAUCACGCGGGCUCGUUUUUCGCUUCCGUCCAGGCGAUAUGAAUUGUAAAAAUGUCCGGGUCUGGAAACUUGUGAUGCUGGGUGGCGUAUCAUGAGGAGGCCACAGGUGCUGGCUCAGCAUGACAAGCUUUUGAGCUUCUAGGUGUUGCCUAUUCUCCAUGACAAACUGCGUUUCUGCAUGACAGCACAGCGGGGCUCUUGGGUAACGUGCGUGACAGAUUUAAGAGUCACGCCAGACAAGCAUGACAAACAUGCACUCUUCCAGACCCAGACAUAUUUGCAUUUGAUAGGCGACGGCAAACAAGGUCUUGCUGAUUGGGACGAGUCUGUACCUGUUGGAAAAGCAGUUGAGAGUCGUCCAGAUGUUCGGGCUGGGGUUUAGUUUGAGCGGCGCGGCGUUGUAUUUGUUCGGGAGAUGGGACAAUUCUGACGGUGUACAUGUUGAUGUAAAAGUUGCUGGGGUUCUUGGGGACAAUGACAAUAAGGAUGAAGAUAGUGUAGAGGAUCGGGUUGAAAAACCUUAUUACGGUUCGACUGGAGCUGCUUCAUGAUUUCUUUCUCUUUGUACAAAAUGAAAUUGAAACUCCUCCUUAUGCACCCCCUAGUAUCAUAGAUAUACUUGUUCUUUCCAAGAGAAUGCGAAUGCUGAGGAACCAGUUAACGCGAAGAUGUUGAACGUUUAAACAACAAAGACUUCGUCCUCCGAGAGCCCCGGUCGUGGCGGCGCCAGGCUCUACUUGUACAAAAAUUUACAUGCAGUGGCUCUUGUAUCAAUCAUUGAGAACGAUGAAAAGUGGGUCUCCCUCAUGUGAAU